GAAGAACACACAUCUCUUUGCUGCCACAGGCCAGGCUCUCCAAAGCCAGUGCUGUCCACAUGGGCCUCCUUCCCAGACUUCCUGGGCCAGUCGCACUGGACUUCUGGUAGUGCCUCAAGCUUCCAAAGUAUUCCGACCUCAGGGCCUUUGCAUCUGCUGGACUGCUUCUGCCAGUUCUCUUGUCUGUGGUCCCAGGGCCGCAGGGCGGUUGUGGGGCAAUGCGCCUGGGCUGGGCGGAGUCAGGGGGAGAGGAAGGGGCGGGCGCAGCCGGCGGCUGCAGCAGGAGGAGCUGGGCUGGAGGGAAGAACCGGGGAGAACAGGUACCCCGGGUGCGCACGCCGGUCCAGGACCCAGGAGAUACGAAUCCUGUCCACACACCCGGGGGCUCCUUCAGUGAAGACGCACAACAUCGACCCCCACCUUAGGUUCCCAGCCCACAGUGGCACAGAUGGGGUCCUGCUCCAGGAGCCUGCUGCUCACAAGAACACGGGCCUGGGGACCUUGGAGGUCAAAGGUGGGACGGAGGGGACCGCCCCCGCGAGGGCCCGGAGCGAGACUUCCUGCCCCUCCGGCUUCGUGCCCUCAGGGGUUGAAGCUCCCUCAGGGCCUGCCCCGCCCCAAGACCCACAGGGCGGGGCCUGGGUGGGCGUGUCCGGGCUGCCCCUUCCGCCGGCCUCUUCCCGCAAGUACCCCAGUGCGCGGCGGGGCGCAGGGAUGCUGCGGAUGGGCACGACCCUCCGCCUCAGGUCGAGGCCCGGGGGGCGUGCGGCGAACUCCACGCCCGCCCCGGAGGACGGCACAGGCACAUGCUCACAAGUGCAGCCACCCCCGAGGGGCACCUUCCAAGUCCUUCGUGGCAAUGGCACUUCUGUGGGGACUGUCAUCGUGUUCCACUGCCCCUCGGGCCACCAGAUGGUGGGGGCCGGCCUGCUCACCUGUGUCUGGAAGCAGAGUGUCGCCGAGUGGUCUUCAGCAGCCCCUCUGUGCAAGUCUGUGCCACCCUAUGAGACCUUUGGCUUCAAGGUGGCUGUGAUCGCCUCCAUUGUCAGCUGUGCCAUCAUCCUGCUCAUGUCCAUGGCCUUCCUCACCUGCUGCCUCAUGAAGUGUGUGAAGAGCCGGCAGCCACGGUCCGACAGGGCAGCCCAGCUGUGGCUGCAGCCAAGAGGCCAGGACUUGGAGACAGUGCAGGCCGCCUACCUCGGCCUCAAGGGCCUCAGCGGAAGGGAGCCCAGGAGCUGGCCUGGCCAAGCGCAUGAUAACUACAGCUUCACCACGGACCUUGGUGAGGGCCCCAGGGAGCUGGUCGGUGUGGCCUGUGGCAUGGACAAGGACCCCUGGGUCCCCAGUGGCCCUACUGGCUCACCACACGCCCAGGUGAUGGUGCACACCGCAAACCUAGGACCAGUCCUGCCUGCCUCCGGGCCCACCUCGGAAAUGCCCGGAUGGCCUGCAGCCUCUGCCCCUGGGUGACAGAGGCUGAGGCCAAGGGCCAGGUUACACCCGCCAGCCAGCCACCUGCAUCUCCACGUGUCCAGCUCCAGAGUGACUAGUGAAAUCAGCUUCAGGGUGUAGGGUUUCCCUCAGCACUGAGCUGGGGACCCCUGUGGGGGUGGCUUGUCCCAAGGGAGCCCAGCUGCAGCAGUUUUUAUAGCUAACCUUCCCUGAAACCAGCACUGUGGUUAACAGAACUGGCUGCAGCUUCCCUCUAAGCCCAGCUUCCCUGGAGAGACUGCGGGACAUUUUAAGCAAACCUAGAUUUGCAUAGCCAAGGGGGAAGCCAGCGGUGGACCAAGCAAUCACCACUGGCCACCCGGCAUCUUCCUCUGCAGGGCAGGGCGCUGCAUCUGUCACUUGAAGUAGUGGGAGAGGUGUGAAAUAAAUAAUUCUAAUACUGAAAAUACAAAGGUAAAAAUUCCUGUGUUGAUCCUCCAUCCCAAGUGCACUGGUGUAAAACUAGUUCCUUACUGCCACAGCUCGGCUCGUGCCUGCAGGCACUCAGCAGGACGACAGCCCCACUGGCAGGGCUACUGUUGGCCGACCUUGUGGGGUGUCCAGCAUACUGGCCUCAUGGUGAGUCCCCGUAUGAGCCUUGCCUCAGGCCUGGAGGUCACUGGGUACACAGCCUCGUUCCACUUGACGGGCAGGCACGGGCACCUUCAGAGCCACUGGUCACCCAGCUCAUCACUUGUCCAAGCAGUUAGACAAAAGAUGGCCAUGUCUCUCAUCCCUGACCCCCUCCCCAAGGGAAUGGGAGCCGUUACUGCAUAUGUCUGUGUGCAC